AUGCCGAAGAAUUCUACACCACCAAUAGACCUCGAUCUGCAUGGAGACGAGAAGUCAAUGGUCACCAAAGAGCGCGAUGUCUCUCUCUUGGACGAGCAGAGACUAUUCCCUUCCUAUAAGCAGUACGUCACCCAUACAGUUGUUGAACGGCCCCAGAAUCUGGCAUAUGGCGUGGUGGAGCUCACAUGCGAUUGUCUACUUUUUAGGAGCAGCCCCGGCGGGGUAACGAUAAAGCCGGGCCAAACAACCGUGAAACCCAAGAAACUCCAGAGCUUUGGGAGUUUGAAACCGGUGAACACUCUUUCGGGCAGAGCCCGAGAUAGCGGUCCGGUUCGCGCUCAGGGGAAGCAGACUUAUCGUGGGAAUAAAUCUACGGGCUUCGGGUCGGGAACUUUUCAUUCGGAUGGGAUCACGGAUUUCCACAGCCCAGAGAGACCGCUCAAGCGACGACGUCGAGAUAGCCUGGGUGCGCCGCUCGGGAGAACGAUAAGUAUAUCCGAUGACGAUAUAAUGGAACAAGCGGCGCCGGAAACAUCGUCGAUCGCUGGAAGUUCGGCACGUCGGUCUUCUGUGUCCAGCCAACCCACCGGGAAAGGGAAGAGAGCGAGAAAGGGAACUGAAGUCGACGAGUUUCGUGAAGUGGAACGCAAUAUGAGAAUUCCUCGGGAGUCGCCUAGCAAGAAACACCAGCGCUUGUGGGUGGACGAUGACCGGGAGGAACAAUUCACGGAAAAUGCUGCCAAGGAAAGACGUUUGUCGACGUCAAAGCCGACGGUCGAGCCUGGACUUGGAAAAUCGCGGAAUCCUAGGCAUGAGGUUCUACAGAGUGUUGAGAUCCACGGCCUGAAUGGCACUUCAGAAAAUUCACCCUCGAAAGACCAUUCCGCGGAGCCCAGACCAUCUCGCGCAUUGGACCUCCAAGAAAGUUCCGAUGAGCUGCAGGGCGAAGCAACGGUUCGACCGGCUCCGUCAAAUCUAAAUCGGGGCGCUGUGCAACUCACGAAUGACGAUUCGGAGGUAGAAGAGCCACCAACCUCAAGUGGUCGACAGCAAUUAUCCCCACACGAUAUCCGACCGACCAGCUUCAUAAGUGCAUCACCUUCCAAUAAGAAGAAGCCCACCAAAAAGUCCAAACACAAGAAGAACCCUAGCGCCUACCAAACCUUUAGGAUAACCUACCUCCGCGUAGGAGGUUUGGAGCAGCACGUUCCCCAGGGUGAAACCAAGGACUUGGUCUUUGACCUGGCAAAUGACGUAAUUUCCUAUCCUGGACGUGCGAACACUCAGGUCCCGGUCGCCUUGGAUCGUGUCAUCAAGAUUGAGCAAGGUGAAAAUGCGAGUCGGAAGAUGCGAUUUGGCUUGACGCGAACGAAAGGGACCGGCGAUCAAAUGGAUAUAGAGCUAUUGAUGCCCGAGGCGAAACGGGAAUUGUGCGCUUUAUUCAACAAGCAUGGAGUCAAAAUUGUAUCAAGGGAUGACGAGUAUAUGGAGAAAGUGUUUACCCGCAAAAACAGGAGGCUAUUAUAUCAACCUCCUGAGGAGACCAGUCCCAUUUCGGAGAGUGUCACAAGAAAGACAUCACCAGAGCCAGUGAUGAAGCCUACAGUCCCCAAGAGAAUGAAGCUGUCGGAUAGGCUGCAAGAUGAGCAUGGGAAUGUUGCCGGACAAAAACAUACAGAGACCGCCUCUUCGCCUCCCGAGAAUGCCAUCCGACAGGAGGUGGAAUGUACCUCCAACACCCAACCCGCCGAAGUUACUAAACCCUCGAUCCAUGAUAGCUCAUUAUUUUCGCCUUCUACUCGAGCAACACGCUCCAUGUUGCGCCGCGCGCCACCGCCUACUGUUGUUUGCGACGAUGAGGACGAGGCAGACACCCCUCAGCCGAAAUCGAAGGGGAAACAGAAGCGGUGGAAUAAAUCCCUGAUCUACCCUCGCUUCGGGAAGAAGAAAGCCGAAGUGGACGCUCAGGACGUGGAGCGACUCAGUGACAACGAAUUCUUGAAUGACAACCUCAUCGGAUUCUACAUACGGUUCUUGCAGGAUCACCUUGAGCGUUGCAACAAAGAGGCAGCGAAGAAGGUCUACUUCUUCAAUUCAUACUUCUUCGCAACCCUAACGAGCUCGCCCAAGGGCAGGAGAGCCAUCAACUAUGAAGGUGUUCAGAAAUGGACCAGGAAUGUGAACAUCUUCAGCCAUGACUAUAUCGUGGUCCCUAUCAAUGAAAAUGCCCACUGGUACGUGGCCAUCAUAUGUAACCUACCGUACCUGCCCGGUGUUUCCAAGGACACCGCACAAGACCAACCCCCCGAGGAUGAUGUGCCUUCUUCUCAGCCAGAUCGCAAAGUUCAGGAGAUUCAGGAAACGCCGGAGCCUGGCGAGGUCAAUAGUGCACAGUCUGGUAAAGAGGAGGUGACACGACAGUCGCUAGCCUCAAUGAAUCUGUCGGACGAGGAGGGUUCCCGAGGGCUAAGUUCGCAGGUGCCUACAGAAUCGGGCUCAAUAGAGGGCAACUCUGAAAACCAGACACAAGCCCAGGCAUCCAAAGGAGAUUCAAAGGGCUCCGGAUCGAGAUCGACAGACACCCCGCGAAAGUCACGAAAGCAGAAGAAGCCCGCAGGACCCAAACAUGAUUUUCGCCAACCCAUCAUCAUUACCUUUGAUUCGUUAAACCUCGCUCGUUCGCCUACAAUCAGCAUCCUUCGCGAUUAUCUUCAGGCGGAAGCCAAGUCGAAACGGGACGUUGAUAUAGACAAGACCAUGAUCAAGGGUAUGAGAGCUCAGGAGAUCCCCUUGCAAUCUAACUACUCCGACUGCGGGUUGUAUCUUCUAGCGUACCUAGAAAAGUUCGUGCAAGACCCCGAUUGGUUCAUUUGGAAGUUGCUGCGAAGGGAAAUGUCCACCGAAGAGGAUUGGCCCGAAGUCAGAUCAGGCCAGCUCCGAUCUCGCCUACGGAAAUUCCUGGACCGGCUUUAUGAUGAACAGGCACAGCUUACCCCCGAGAAUGCCAGCGAGCAAGAAGUCAUGGCGGAUAUGAAGCCCAUCUCAUAUCUCCUCACGUCUCCCGCGAUCCGGUGGUACUCGACCCCUAUCAAACACUCAAGUGAACGAUUACCAGAAGAAAGCAAGGGCGCGCCGAACGAUGACCCGGCGUCCGAGAAGAUCUCCGGUGGUGGUAAAGAGGAAUCCGGGCCCAGCACUCCGAAAUUACCCACCAACGUUGAAGAUCUACCAAGUGCAGCUCCAGAGCCUAGUGCUCUCGACAAGCCCAAACAAUCUGAGAAAGUGGACGAAAUCAUCGAGGUCCCUGAUAGCCAAGAACCUAUCCAAAUAAUCCCUGCUUCGCCGUUGCGAAAGACGACUCAUCAGAAAGAAAAGGAAAAGCAGGCGCAAUCCGACGAGCCAGAGGUUGUGGAUGUGAACCCGAAGCAACAGGGUGUCGCUCGGAAUAAAGAUGGCAGCGCGAAGGCCUCGGAGCCUGAGUCCUCCGUCAAACAACACCCAUUUGAGGUGGAGAUCCAGGUGAAGAGAACGCCUCCGCCACCGACCAGCGGCGAGUCCGGCACAAAAAAGAGCCCACGAGCUAGCAAACGCAAGCACAAGCCGAAGGCGACAUAA